CUCUGCUGCUAUAGAAACGGGGAAAGCCGAUCUUGGGAUUAGUGAGAGGGCUUUAGCUGUGCAGCUCGCUUCACUGUCUUCAGUAAAUUAUUUAUAGUUAGAGACAGCAGUCAUAUAACCAGUAAAUAUCACACUGGCAUGUCUUCAGUCCCUAUGGAGAUGAAAGACGGUGCAGUUUCCAGUUCGAAGUGGCUUGAUGCACACUAUGACCCAGUUGCUAAUCUCUACACCUUUUCUUCAUGUAUUGCUCUGGCAGACUUGCAUGGAGAUGGUGAGAACAAGCUGGUGGUGGGUGACCUGGGCACAGGGGCAAGUAACAUGAAGCUGAAGGUGUACCGUGGCACUGGACUGCUGAGUGAGAACACAUUGCUGGACUUGCCCACUGGUCUGGUGUCUUUUCUAAUGGACCAGCAUGAGCCUCGCACUCCUGCCAUUGCUGUGGCCUCUGGCCCCUUCAUCUACAUCUACAAGAACUUGCGCCCCUACUUUAAGUUUACUCUGCCCACUCUGGAGGUCAAUCCCCUGGAACAGGACGUGUGGAGUCAAGCUAGGGAGGAUAUGAUUGAUCCAAUGACGCUUAAGGAAAUGUUGGAGGGUAUAAGGGAUAAGGCAGAAAUCCCACUAUCAGUCAGAUCAUUACGGUUCCUUAUGCUAGAACCACAGGAUAUGGAGCCUUACGUUAACCUUCACAAACAGCAACCCAUUCGCAGACAGACGGUUAUCACAUGCAUAGGAACGUUGAAGAAAAACAUGGCAGAUGAAGAUGCAGUCAGCUGCUUGGUGAUUGGCACAGAAAGUCAAGAAGUUUACAUCCUGGACCCAGAGGCCUUCACCAUUCUCUCAAAGAUGUCCCUUCCUAGUGUUCCUACAUUGAUGGAUGUGACUGGUCAGUUUGAUGUGGAGUUCAGAAUCACAAUAGCCUGUCGCAAUGGAAAUAUCUAUAUAUUGCGCAGGGAUUCCCCAAAGCCUAAGUACUGCAUUGAGCUGUCCUCUCAUCCUGUUGGGCUGGUGAGGAUGGGGAAGAACGUGGUGGUGGGCUGUGCUCAGGAAACUCUGCACGGAUACACUCAGAAGGGUAAGAAGCUGUGGACGACAUACUUGCCUGCGCCUGUCACCACCAUGGCAGUAUUGGACCUGCCCACACGAGGAUUCCAGGCUGUCCUGGUGGCUCUGGCCAGCUGCGAGGUACAUGUGUACCGAGACAAGAACCUAGUCAGCACCAUCAAGACGCCAGACGUGGUAACCAGUAUUUGCUUUGGUCGAUACGGUCGCGAGGACGGCACCCUAAUAAUGACCACCAAAGGAGGGGGCCUGAUUGUGAAGAUCCUAAAGAGGACAGCUGUGUUUGAUGAAAGAGACUCUGCCCCUGGUCCCCCGAUUGCCCAGAGCAUUCGACUGAAUGUGCCUAAGAAAACCAAGCUUUAUGUGGAUCAAACCAUGAGAGAACGGGAGAAUGCUGUGGAAGGAAGACACAAGGAUCACAGUCUGGUGACCGGACAUCCCACCUCUCCCAUGACCUCCCGUGACCUCUCCUGUACUGUGUUUCUUCUACGUACCUACCUGCCUAUCCAUCCAUCAAUCCAUCCAUCCAUCCAUCUUGCGAGGCUUCUUGAUGCCAGUGAAUCAUAUAUAAUAUUCUUGAAAUCCAUUACACACUUUUAAGGAACAAUCAAGAGUGACCACAUGAAGGAAACACAGACAGACACAGAGAGAAAGUGCCUGACAAAAUCCUCACUGUCCUCUCUUCAUGCUCAGUAGACCCAUUAGUGUUCUCUGUGGGUGGGAUUUACACCCUGAUUGGUCUGUUUUGCAAACCUAUCAGUGUGUGCUAUGGCAAGGAUUUACACUGACAUCUAUAUUUUAGUGACAGAAAUUUCUAGAAAGUUUGCCCAUGGUGGGCAAAUGACUGUUAGGCAUGUUAAAGUACGUUUACAGGUGCCAUGCAUUUAUAAAUAAAAAUAAUGUUACACAUAAGGCAGGGAUAUCCCCUGGCAGAACAUCAGUUCAUCACAGAUUAACACACAUCUUACACGUCUUGCUAAAAUACCUGUAAACCUAAAAGUUCCCUUUACAUUCAGUAACUAGCUCCAUUUUCACAGUAAUGCUUACUUGUGUAUAAUUUCCUAGGGUUUGAAAUUGACUGAGUAUUUUCAAAUGAUUGCUAUUGUACACUUGCAUCUGUUUUAGUAUGUGAGUGAAGUAAGCUACUGUCAACUUAAUAACAUUUCAGUCUUGAUAAAUUUUAUUCUGCUAUGUUUGACAGCAUCUGACUUUUGAGCAUUUGCGUCAUAACACACUUCACAUAUGUCAGGAAAGAGGGAGAGAAAAAAAAUAGAAAAAAAGUAAAACUAGUCACAGGUGCCAAUUGAAAAUGUAAAGGUUUGUUGAGUCAACAAGGUUUGCAAUGACUCAUUAAACACUUAUCAAAUACGUGUGACAACCCACAUUACUUUACUGAAGGAACUGAACUGCAUGCAGUGUACUUGUGUUUGUUAUGUAACAUCCAAAAGAAAAAAACUACCAGCAGUGAGAUUUCAUGGUUUGAGUGCAGCCUAAGCCAAAUUUCUAUUUCUGAUCUGGGUAUGAGGCUAGUUUAUUUUUUUCCUUUUUCAUUUUCCCCCAUCAGGGAGCAGCAGUGAGCUGCUACAGCGUGACUGUCACCUGACAGCUCUGCGCCACAUGGCCAUGACCUACAUCUUACACAUCUAUGAGAAAAGAGAGAGGGAGUGAGAGAGGGAGGGAGGAAAGAAAGAAAAAGAGAAAAAAAUGAGAGAGAGAGAGAGAGAGAAGGAAGGAAAGAAAGAGAGAUCUUUCCACAGAUGGUCUCUGACACUUCAUACCUGAGAGGUCACAUGGUUGCCUGGACAGGUGUGACAGGUGUUUGUAUGUCAGUAGUUCUUGGUGUCGAGUUACUGCGCCUCUCUCUUAUUGGGGUCAAAUGGGGGUGUGAUUGGAAUAACAAGCGACACGCUGAGCAGUGGCCUAAAGGCCCAACUCUAAUAUUUCCCCACCCGUUACUGAACAGGUGUACAUACACGUAUUUGAUUUGUACAGUGAGUACCUGACCCUGCUCUUGUCAAGGCUGAACACCAUGCAGUUACUGUUCUGUACAAAGCCCUGCUCUAAAAAUAUCCACACAUGUCUUAUCAAAUAGAGCAGAUAUGUACUUAAGCUGCCAAGAAGGUUCAUUAGACUUUUAAUGAAGAGAAAACACCAUUAAAGGAUUCAUGGCAUGGAAAACAGAAUCCUUCUUUCCUUAAAAUAAAAGAAUAAGAUUUUGUCAGCUUCCUGCAUUAUGCUACUUGAUGUAGUAUUAAAAUAUAUCUUAAGAACAUUUAUUUCCAUUUAUUUCAGUCAUUUCUCAUUAUCUAAUUUGCUAGUAUUGACCUUGACUGGACAGAGAAGAAGAAAAGAGGGGGAGUAUUUGGGGUGGAGUUCGGGGCAGCUUGGCUGUAAAGUGUGAAGCUGAAGCCCCCCCUCAUACGAAUAGAAACAUGAGGAAAAAGAAUAAAAUUAAAGAAGUAGGAAGAUGGGGAGAAGGUGGGUGCGAGCUUGUUCAAUGAGCAGGUAGAGAGGAAGUGACGGUUUAAAUAGGGAAGGAAGUGGGAGGAGUGAGGGCGUGGAUCAACUCCCAAAACUAAGCUAUAGUACAUAGCUCCACUUUGGGAGAAAUGUUGUCUGUAGUUUAUAGAAUAAAAAACAAUGUUCAUUUUUCUCAAACAUAUUACUAUAAAUAGCAAAAUCAGAGAAACUGCUUCAGAAACUGUAUAGUGGUAUAUUUUAUUUGUAGGCUUACAGCUGAAAAUAGAUUGAGCUUUAAGAAUGAAUACAAAAACAGACUGUUUUAGUGAACUCUCUACUGCAGCAUUUACACAACAAACAGCACCUUCACACUUUCAUCAUAAUAACUAGAAAAAUACAGAAACACAGAGAUCUAUGUAACUAUUAAAAGCAUAAGUCUUUUCUUUAGAGAAAUUACAGAUGAAGCCAGAGAGCAGGGAAUACUGUUUCCUAUACAUUCUGAUACAUUCUAAUGAUGGAAUAGGUCUGGCUGAACCACAUGGCAACAACACCAUUAGAUAGCAUAGCUAGCUAUGUGCCAUGCUUGCUGAAGCUAGCUAUGGUCUAUGGUGAUGUUAACUAACCAAAUUAAAAACUUAGGAUUAGUUUUCACGAGACCACUAGUAAAAGGAAAAAUAUUGUAUUAUAUUGUGUUUUAUUUUGAGAAAAUUGAGAAUAAAAAUUAAUAAUGCAUGUCUAUUGUCACUGUUUCCUGAGACGUAUGCAUGGUAUGCAUGGCUGGUCUUCCACUGCGAGCCACCAAACCCCUACAAUUAAUUCAGAAUGCG